AUGGCUUUUCCAAGGCGAGGGCCGUCCCUUAGACUUCUAGACGGUAGGAACCAGCAGUGCCUUCUCUUGCCGCACCGCAAGGCCCUCCUAGGGGGUAGGCCUCACUCAAGAGGCCUUGUAGCCCCUCCGAAACUCCUUCGAGCGCACCGCACGGACCUCACCAUACGCAGAAGUUGGGUGCUACCCGCAUCUGCCGCUUCCCCCGCGGAGCCCAGCAGCAGCGGGAGCAGUGAGGGCCCGGCGUUGUGCUCUCGGCGGUUUUUUGUGUGUGCUUCACCUGCCCAGUCAUGCGAAAUCCCUCCAGAGGAAAGCUCCCCAGGAACGCCUGGAGGGGGGCACUCUGAUUCGGCCUCCGCCCCCUCCGCGUGUGCAGGCCCUGCACCGGAUCCAGGCCCUUGUAGAGACGCAGCUGCGUGGGCAGCGCCUCCCCCCCGCCGAGGAAGAGGCGGAGUAUCUUUUGGAAGUGCUGCGACUGCUGGCUGUGGCAAGACGGAGAGAUCCCCAGCUGCUGCUAGCCGUAACUCAGGCUCUCCAGCAGCAGGCUCCAGACCAGCCUUUGUCUCGGCUGCAGGUAGAGCCCGAGUGGCAUGCAAAAAAUCAGCAGCAGCGGGGGGUCGAGGCCCUGUCGGUGAUGCAGACGGUCAUGCUCCUGCGGCACUUGCAGAUUCUGGACUUCACAUGCGUCCCCUUGGUUCUUCGGGCCUUAUCCCAUCUCGAUCGCUCGCUCACCCUCGCUGCACAGACGCGCAUGCAGCUGUAGGGGCCGCUGUAGACGCAGCGGGGGGGAAGAGCGCUGCAGAGUUUGUACCAGCAGGAGGGGCUGCGGAAGAUGCAUUGUCUGAUCAGGCUGCAAUUUGUGCAGAAACUCCUGAAGCAGAUGCCUGGAAAACGCGCUACGCUCUGCACGCCGUGGGGGUCUCUCUGCUGAGCAGCAGUCUUGUUUCUCUGAGUGCAGCAGCAAAUCAGUUAGCUCCCCGUUCUUGCAAGGCCUCCGCACGGCUAAUUGCCCUCUUAGAGGCUCUGGCUAUCCACAGAGCAUCCGCGUUUAAUGCCCCCCAGACGGUUUCCCUGGUAAAUUCCGCUACCCGUGCUGCCUGUACGGAGGGGGCGUAUUUCGGGUCACUUACUAAGGCUUUUGAGAUGCAGCACGCGCCAAGAGGAGGGAGAGUGUAG